AUGUCGGGAGAAGGAGAGCCCAACCACAACGCGCUUGCACAAAUUCUGCAAGACAUACAAGAACGAUUGGCACGACUAGAGGAGUUACCAAGGAGACCAGAACCUAUUCGGGUCAACUUUCCUAGGCGUGAAGAACCUGUACAAGACCGAGAACGCACACCCCCUGAUUCUCCUCAACGACGAAGAGACCACAGGAACAACGUCCCAAUUGAAGAUGAUGAAGAGGACGAUGAUUUAUGUCGAGAUCAGCCUCGUCGUGCAAGACAUAACGGUAAAGAUAUCAAACUCCAAUUACCUACAUUUGCUGGUCGUGUUAACCCUGAUGCUUUUCUCGAUUGGGAGAGGCGGAUGGAUAAUAUCUUUGAAUGUUAUGAGUAUUCGGAGUACAAGAAAGUGCAAUAUGCUGCUGCACAACUCACCGAUAAUGCCCUAGCAUGGUGGGAUCGCGAAGUCGCAGAAAGGAGGAGAGCACAUUAUGAACCCAUCUCUACUUGGCGUGAAAUGAAACUCAUGAUGAGGAGAAGGUAUGUUCCACCUCAUUUUCAUAGAGAGUUGCAGAAGAAAUACCGUUCUUUAGUGCAGGGGACAAAAUCGGUUGAAGACUACUUCGAGGAAUUUGAAUAUCUUCGAAACCGGUUGGAAUUGGAUGAAAACGAAGAAACGGUGAUGGCACAAUUCGUUGACGGACUGCAAGAACGAAUUUCUCGCAAGGUAGAAAGGGGACGUGGACACUAUGCCAAGGACUGCCCAAACAAUCGGGUCAUGAUUCUCACAGAUGCGGGAGAGUAUGAGUCAAUGGACGAAGAAGAAGCUGAAAUUGCAGAUGAGGAGAUCGAAUACCCGGAUAGUGGUGAGCUAUUGGUUACGAGGCGAGUCUUGAGUACCAUGGCUACUUCUGAAGAGACGGAACAACGAGAGACCAUCUUCCACAGCCGAUGCACCAUAAGAAACAAGGUAUGUGGUUUGAUAAUUGAUAGUGGCUCUUGUACUAACGUUGCAAGUGCAUACAUGGUGAAGAAGUUAGGACUCGAAACGGAGAAGCAUCCUCACCCCUACAAGCUACAGUGGCUUAACAAUCAAGGCGAAAUCAAGGUGAAUGAGCAGGUCAAAAUUCCUUUCAGCAUCGGUAGAUACCAAGAUGAGGUAAUAUGUGACAUAGUCCCGAUGCAAGCCGGUCAUAUUCUCCUUGGACGACCAUGGCAGUUCGAUCGAGAGGUGAAACAUGACGGUAGGACUAAUCAUUAUUCUUUCGUAUUUAACAAGCGAAAAAUUUCUUUAGCCCCUCUAAGUCCUUAUCAAGUGCAUGAGAUGCAAAUGAAAUUGUCAAAGGAAGGCGAGGACAACAAGAGAACAAACUUUUAUGCCAAACCAAGUGUGGUAAGCAAGGCUUUAGUUGAUGCAAGAACUGUACUACUAAUGGUAUUUAAGGAUGUUGUGAGUACAGGUUUUGAUGCACAAGAACUACCUCCGGAGAUUACACGAAUCUUGGAACGAUUCCAAGAUAUCUUUCCGGAAGAGACACCUGCGGGGUUACCACCUAUGCGGGGAAUUGAGCAUCAAAUCGACUUAGUUCCAGGAGCACCCCUUCCUAACCGACCCGCAUAUAGGAUGAAUCCCGAGGAAACAAAGGAACUACAGAAACAGGUACACGAACUUUUAGCUAAAGGUUAUAUACGUGAGAGUUUGAGUCCGUGUGCAGUUCCGGUCUUGCUUGUCCCAAAGAAGGAUGGAACAUGGAGGAUGUGCAUAGAUUGCCGAGCUAUCAACAACAUCACUGUCAAAUACCGACAUCCUAUACCACGCCUCGAUGACAUGUUGGACGAACUUAGUGGAGCCACCAUCUUCUCAAAGGUGGAUUUGAAGAGCUGUUAUCACCAAGUGCGCAUGAAAGAUGGAGAUGAAUGGAAGACCGCUUUCAAGACGAAACAAGGGCUGUACGAAUGGCUUGUGAUGCCCUUUGGCCUUACCAACGCCCCAAGCACGUUCAUGAGGCUCAUGAACCAUGUCCUACGAGCUUUUAUCGGUAAAUUCGUUGUGGUUUAUUUCGAUGACAUCUUAAUUUAUAGCAAAAGUUUUACCGAUCAUGUGACACAUCUUGAGCUAGUCAUGGAGACUCUCCGACGAGAGAAACUUUAUGCCAACCUCAAGAAGUGCACCUUCUGCACUAAUGAAGUUGUUUUUCUAGGAUUUGUUGUGAGUUCGCAGGGAUUACGUGUGGAUGAAGAAAAGAUAAAGGCAAUACGAGAAUGGCCAACUCCUACAACCGUCGCCCAUGUUAGGAGCUUCCACGGAUUGGCUAGCUUCUAG